AUGUCGGGAAAAAAGUAUUCCCAUCAAAAUUAUCGUCUUUUUACACCCUUCCGCGGACGCUCUACGUACCUGGGAAGCGUCGAGAGAAGGAUCUGUGCCAUAAUCGAGAAAAGAGGACAAUUCGUCUCCGAGAAAGGAACGUCGAUAGAGCGUAAUUUUAUUGCCGAAGUUACCUUCCCGACGGUGGCACCAAAGUUCACUCUCGCGAACAUAAAGGAAGCUGGAUACAACACAAUUGGAAACUGUCUGCCGCGAAACGGCGGCCGCCGACGAUCCUUGCGCGCGCCAACGUCGAUCAACAUCGAGUCAAUGAGUUACGAGACUUCGAACUUGCCCUUUCCGAGUGUGACCCUUUGCCCGAACGAUCGUGUCGACUGGAAUCGGGCCCUCGAACUCGAAUCAAGAAUUCUUCCUAACGAUGCGAAACAAGCAGAUCUGAAAACUUUUCGAAAGAUACUGGGCAGGCUUUCCAUGAUGAGCUUUGGCGAUUUCGACGAACUAACAUUUUUGAAGAAUCAAAAUGUUAGCAUUUUUUCGGAUAUCAAUAUAACCGAAGUAUUGCGCGAAGUGAUGCCGCGCUGCGAUGAUUUGCUGUCUGAAUGCUGGUGGCGGAACGGCGAUCGCAAUUGCUGCGAGAUCUUUGAGGUGCAGAAGACUGAAUACGGCUUCUGCUACUCAUUCAAUUCGGAAUUGUCGCAGACGUACAGACCGGAUCCGUUGGAUUCGCGACCGCGAAAAGCGUCCGGCUACGGCGACUGGAGCGGCGUCAGAGUUACAAUUCAUCUGGGAAACAUAACGAAGCCACCGGAUUCUAGUAAGGAUUGCCGACACCAGACACCGAUGUAA